UGAGGUUUUAUUUUCGGAUGUAGCAGGCUAUCUGCACGUACCUUAUAGGUACAUAAUUGACAGUGGACUAGUGACCCAGGCCAGGGAUUAGGAUUGCGAUAGAGCCGACUGAGUUCCUGCUGCUUCUGCUAGCUGCUGUGGUUUAUUCAGCAACGCUACUUCUGACAUUGAGUGAGACUUCACCAACACAUGCGCUAGUGAGUAGUGUUCAUUCCGUGGAUUUUCAAGUUUGUUUUGCUGCCGGGCUAGGAGUAGAUCUACGAGCAGGUAGAAUGCUGUCGAUGGCAAUGCAGCGGAUGGUGUUGAUAUGUGUUCCAAUGGGACUACUGCUGGGCAGUGCGCUGGUCUGUGGGAUGGGUGAUGACAAUCGACCUAAUAUCAUCUUUCUCCUGACAGAUGAUCAAGAUGUCACUGCUGGCUCUCUCGACUACAUGCCACGUCUGAAUCAGAUACUGCGCAGGGAGGGUACAGAGUUCCUGAACUACUUUGUUUCAACCGGACUCUGCUGUCCCAGCCGUGCAACUAUCAUGAAAGGACAGUUCUGUCACAACACAAAGAUAUUCGAUAACGGGGACCUGAACAAUAAAACGGACUUAAGCGGUGGAUUUGUAAAAUAUCUUGCACUGGGUUUAAUGAACGAGUCAACCGUGGGCAACAUCUUGCAAGCGGCAGGCUAUGAAACGAAGCUGUGUGGCAAGUAUCUGAAUGGAUACGAUGACGGACAAGCAAGCAUUGUGCCGCCAGGUUGGGAUCACUGGCAGGGAAUGACAAAGACGGCGUACUAUGGUCCACACUUCUCUAUCAAUGGAAAACUGAAGAAGAUGAAUAACUCUGUGUAUCAGACUGACUAUAUCCGUGAUAUUGCAAUCGAGUUCAUACAGCGGAAGAGGGACAAGCCUUUCUUCAUGUACUUGUCGCCUUUUGCACCACACGCCCCAGCCACUCCGGCUAAACGCCACGCACACAUGUUCAACGAUUCCAUGGCACCACGCUAUGACUCGUUUAAUCCGAACAACACCAUCCAAAGCCAAAAGCCCUCUUGGCUGGGACGGCUACCUCCGCUCACACAGAAACAGAUUGAUGGUAUAGAUAACUUCUUCCGCAACCGACUUCGUUCACUUCAGGCAGUGGAUGAAAUGCUGGGCAACAUCACAGCCACUCUGGAGUCUGAGGGACUUCUCAACAACACCUAUAUAUUCUACAUGGGUGACAAUGGCCAACAUCUCGGCGAUUAUCGGCUUCCAGGUGGCAAGCGGCAAGCUUACGAUACGGAUAUCCGAGUGCCCUUCCUGGUUCGAGGACCUGGUGUUCCGGCUGGGCAUAAGGUCUACGACGUCACACAGAGUGUAGACUUGUUACCGACAUGGGCUGAUAUUGCUGGUGCUGAGGUAGCUGACCAGUCGAGCAAGGUGGAUGGAGAAAGUGUUCUCCCACUGUUCAAUCUUUCAAGAGAGGCAGGAACAUUCAGAUCGGUGGCACUUGCAGAGAUGUACGGAGGGUCCUCCAACAUGGGCGCAAACUACAAGGGACUGCCUGCAUUCUGGCACAACCGUUUCUGGAACAACACCUAUCAGGGCGUCCGUGUGAUCAAUGGUACGGGUUUUGCAGCCAACGCUAACUGGCUCUAUGUUGAGUGGUGCACAGGAGAGAAGGAGUUCUAUGACGCAGCUAAAGAUCCAAGAAUGAUUCUCAACAAGUUCAGUACACUGGAUGCUGACACGCAGAGCAAGCUGUCCUCGCUCACACAGCAGAUGGGCUCCUGUGUUGGUGAUGUGUGCCGCUCGGCAAGCAAACUUCAAGUACCACUGCCGUCUACUGGAGAGGCACCAUCAACCUUAAAGUGUCACAACCCGCCAAACCUGACAGAGGCUGCUGAGAGAUUUUACCAGCCGGUGUUUCCCUAUGCAGACAGUGACACAGCAAUACUUGCAGAUCCUUUUGAAGUCGUGUAAGAAGGCCUUGUAUGGUGGAUAGGUACUACCAGUACAUGCAUUGCAUAACCAUACAUGUACCGGUACACUAGUAUAAACACAUUCUAGUUCUAUAGCCUAUCAGCUGCAGUGAAGACUGAUGCAUGAUGCACUAGGUAUAAUAGAACGAGUGAAAUUUCCUUUCUUCGGCAAUUAUUGAACUGACAGGAACACCUCGGCUGGCCAAGGGUUCACAUUGAACAUGAUUUUCAUAUUACAAUUGAGUAGGAAAUAGGUCUUUCACAGAACAAUUUCCAUUGCCAAGUACUAGUAAUCACUCUUCAUCAUUGCCCUUCGGUUAUGGGAGCCUUGCAAUAAUGACUCAAUUGAUAACGUAAGCUGUGGUAACCCGUUCGUCUUGCAUAUACAAGACAACGCCCACCAGGCUGUGAA